AUGGCUAUCAACACUGAUGCUGCCUAUGGGAAAAGCUCCCUCGGUGAGAGGGAAGUUUCAAAUCCCACCGACUUCCAGGACACCGAGAAGCUGCUGAACACCGCGACCAGCGAGCCCACCGGACAGACCAACAUCAAACCGUCUGACUCCUUCUCCCUCACCAUCAGAGGCAGCGUCCGCUCCCUGGACGCGGACCAGAACGGACACAGAUCACCCCUGAAGUCGGGCUCCAUCGGGCAGCUGGCAGCCCCACCCAAGUCCGCUUCCCGGCUCAGCUUGGGUCCGCUGCCCUCUCCGGUGCCACCCGGGUCCGCACCCCGGAUUUACCUCUGGCUCGCUGUGUUGUCCUGUUUCUGCCCCGCUUGGCCGGUCAACGUCUGUGCCCUAUGGUAUGCACAUGUGUCGAGGUCUGUCCUCCAUACAGGAGACUUUGAAGGAGCGAGGAAGUAUGGGCGCCUGUCCAUGCUGCUCAGCUGUCUAGCAAUGCUGCUGGGUGUGGCUGUCAUCAUCUUCAUAGUGUUAACAAUAGAGAUCCAGCAGUGAUGUGAGGGAUAGAAUGAGUCACACAUCAGGCUCCUCAAACUGCAUCUGAUCUCAAAUUUGCACAGAAGAGAGACAAGAAAAAUGUCAUUUUUAAAAUGACAAAGCACAAAAUCUCAAAAGCAGAAAACAAUCUGGAGUGACUCCGACGUACAACUUAUUCCCUUUUCUGCCACAGACCAAGAAAAGGAAAAAGGGAAGAAGUCGCAGGCUGUUUCUCUUUUUCAGGACAACCAUCACUCCACGAACUCAGGAACAAAAGGAUUCACACAGCUGUGGUGUCGGAUCGCCAGACAGCAUCAACUGUGGAGAAAGUUUAACGUAUUCGUAGUUUGAACUAGUGGUGCACUGACGUAAACACUUGCCAGAUUCGGAUGGCAUAAAAAAAUUGACGCUGUAUCGUGAAAUAGGAGGAAAUCUUAAAAUACCAUCAUCAUUACAAAAAGCACUAAAAAUUGUAUUAUACAAAAUGCAUCAGUGCACUGCUAGUCUGCAAUGUCACCACUGCCUGCCCCGUUUCUCUUUCACCUCUUCAACAGACUGAUUCUUCUUUUGGGACCUGGAACGAUGCAUAAACUCCUUUCAUACACUGUUUACAUCAAGAUUAAAACUUGUGUGCAUUUUAUCAAAUUCAUGCCUGAACUGCAGUCAUAGUGUGAUAUCUUGCUUUGCGUGCUUACUAUGAUAAAACAAAACCGACUGAACUGCCUGGAUCUUUUCACCUCAUUACGAUAUACUGCA